UUCUGUGGUGUUCGUCAUUAUCUGUCGUGUUGAGUUUCAAACUUUGAUAAAAAAAACAUUUUUUAAUUAUAAAAUCCAUUGUUUUCCAUUUUCUUAACUUGUUAUAAAAAUAAUUGUUUAUUUAUUAAAGUAGAGCACUGAGCACUUAUACACCUUGGUAUUUUAAAAUUGAAAUAAACCGAAGAGGUUAUAUUCUAAUAAAAUGGAUACAGUUGUGAAAGGUAUGCUUGAAGAAGAUCCUGAUGAGGAAAAGAAGGGUCUUACAUUAUUUGGAAGGGACUUAUCAAAAAUACCAUGUUUUAGGGAGAGUUUUCUAUAUGGUGUAGCUUCAGGCAUUGGCGUAGGAGUAGCAUCAUUUUUAAAGACAUCAAAACCCUUACUCUCUCAACAUAUUGGAGUAGGGACUUUUGCAGUCGGCACUCUAAUUUAUUGGUCAUACUGUAGGUAUGAAUGGUCGAAACAAAGAUUUGACGCUCAAUUGAUGCAUGAAGCUUUGAAAGAUAAAAUAAGAUAUGAAGGGACAGUUGUAGAAAAAGAGUUAGAGCAAAAGGGUGUCUUAAAAUCAGCUUAAUUUCGCGAGUUAUUGUAAAAAUAUAUAUUCAGUGCACUUUUAUAAUGAAAAUCUUUUUAUUAUGGUUGUAAAUAAAAUCAAAAAGCUAUUGUAGAACUCUUAUUGAAUUAUUACAAAAUAAAAAAUAGUUAAAUAGCUAACUUAGUAGGGACAGAAUAAAAGUUCUACUAACAUUCUACAAACCAAAGCACACACUUAUAAAACGCUACAGAGUUGCAACUCUGUGUGAAAUCAGUUUAUUUUUGGAUAAAUUAAUUAAAUAAUUAAAAAACAUGUUUUAUUUUAUGUACAAUUUUAUUCAUAGUAAACUAAAAUUAAGUCAAAAGAGUAGGUUUCAACUGUUGUAUUAUAAAAUUUAUUAGUAUUUAAAGACAACUUUCUGUAUUGUUAAAAUCUGAUCGUUUUAUAAUGAAAUCUACAUCAUACCUGCAUAUUACACUGAGAUAUUAAUUGUAUAGUGUGUUGACUUAUAAUUUUUUUUUUGCAAAAAUCAAUUUAAAGAAAGAAUAAUUUCCAAAAGCAUUGUGUGUCAGUUACUAAAUACAAGUAUUGUAUAUUUAUAUAUUAUAGUUUAAGAACAAAUGUAGAUAAUAUUAGUGUUUUAAUAAAUUGUUAAUUAUAA